AUGGGACAUAUCUUGGUGGUGUGGACGGCCUGCUGGUGUUGGCUGUCCGUCCGGUGCGGGGCCAACGGGCCGCCGGCCAGUUUCCUUUGCACUCAGGUGACGCGGGACACGGACCACGGGGCCGCGCAGCUGCGGGUGUCCGAUCACGCCAAGGGCGUCAUCCUGCGCAUGCGCGAGGAGCUGGUCCAGCAGAAGGAGUCGCUGCUGGACCAGCGGGAGACCAUCCAUGAGCUCACGGCCAAGCUGGCGCUGUGCGAGGGCUCGGCCCACCUGGAGCACGGCCACGACCUCGACUCGGACCCCGGCAUGGAGCGGGUCCACCACCGCUCCGGGUACCGCAAGGAUCACCGGCAGGGAUUCGGCAAGUUCAGGGACACCAUGGGAGACCCGCCGACCGCUUCCGACUCGCAAGUCGACAAGCUGGACGUGAAGGGAUCGGAACCUGAGCGCGCCGGGGCGCUCCGCAGGCUCUUCCAGCCGCAGCAGAAGUCGCUGGAGGGCGGGAGGACACGAGCCUCAAAUCGCACCGGAGGGACUCCCCGCCGAGGCCUCCUCAAACUGGACGCCGUCCUCAGCGAGAUCAGCCCGCGGCAGCCGACGGGAUUCACCGCGGGGGAAGACCCGGCGGUCGGCCUCGACAAUUUCCAAGUGUCCUUCCCGCUGAGGACCAAUUACAUGUUCGCCAGGAUGACCCAGACCCUGUCUCAGGAAAUCUUCGCCUUCACCAUUUGCCUGCGCUUGAAGACCUCGGCGGCUCCCGGGGUUGGGACCCCUUUCUCCUACGCAGUGCCCGGCCAGUCCAACGAACUCGUUCUCGCCGAGUGGGGGACGAGCCCUAUGGAACUUCUCAUCAACGACAAGGUCGCCACGCUCCCCCUGGCUGUCAGCGAUGGGACAUGGCACCACGUCUGCGUCACUUGGUCGACGCGGGACGGCGUCUGGGAGGUCUACCAGGACGGACUGAGCCGGGGCUGCGGACAGAACCUGGCUCCCUGGCACCCGAUCAGGCUGGGAGGGGUCUUUAUCCUGGGACAGGAGCAGGACGCGGUCGGCGGCCGGUUCGACGCCACCCAAGCCUUCGUGGGCAACCUGUCGGACUUCAACAUGUGGGACCGGGUGCUGCAACCGGACGAGGUCCGUCGGCUGGCCGCCUGCGACGGCCGGGCGGCCGGCAACCUGGUGGCGUGGACGGUGGGCGGCGUGGAGCUGCGGGGCGGGGCCGUCAGGUUGCCCUCGCACCCCUGCCAGGGGUCCUGAGCCCAGCCCCGGCCGGAGGGAGGGCGAGGAGGAGCGGACGGGGGUAGUGAGGCUCUUCUGGUGCCCCCAUCCCUUCCCAGCUCCGGGAUCCCACCGCCAUUCCCAGUGGGACGGUCACUCGCGGGAUGUG